AACCCGCUUGAUCGAUGGUACGACAAAAUCGGUUCAUCCAACGGAAGACGGUGGACGAGUUUAUCCUAAUAAUUAAUUUAUAAUACUGUAAAUAGAUUGUUGCUGUCGUCAAGUGCCAUUUUUCACUGUUGUUAAGAAACAUUUAUCAGAAUGACGUUCAUGCGUGGAGCAGCGCCGAUCCGGCGUACCAUUGAAUUUCUCAAGAAAGGGAAACUCGUGUUUCGUGAUCAAGUUAAAAUCGUCUCACUUAAUUUUAAUACGGUUGGCCAUCGUCGGGAAGCUCAUAAGGGAAUGCAGGAUUUUGUAUUUUGGAAUUUACAUCAAGUGCUGUAUAAAAACCCUAAUGUCCAGGUAGUAAUUUUCAAGAAUAAGACACCUUCGCCAUGCAUUCGCGCCUGGCUCGAAGAUGGCAGUGAGGUGAUCAUGGAUGUCGAUGGACAAUCUAGUGCUCAGAUUUUAAGUCGUCUCAUCACCACAUUAGGUAAAACCGACAAGCAGCUUCAAAAGGAAACCCUGAUGCAGGAGAAACAGGAUACACCAGCAAACUUUGGCCGUCAUUACAGCAAGUGGUGCAUCUGUGAGGUAGAAGGUCAGGUACCUUGUCCUGGUACUGUAGACCUACCGAAGAGUAUGCUGGCAAAAGUGCAAUACAAAAUGGGACUUUUUAACAAGAAGGAGUGAACAACACAUCAAAUGGAGUAUAAUGAAGGUCAUAGGCGUUAGUCGCCAACUGCUGUCAAUCGAACAGAAACAAGUGCUGCUGUAAAUAAUAUUUAGAAUAUUUAAUUAAACCUUAUACAUUUAAAUCACUAGCUAGUUUUAAUUUUUCUUAGCUUACAUUUUAGGGAGUUAAUUUUUUGCAGGUAUCCAGAGUUUAUUAUCCGUUCAUAUCCCUAGGUGUGCAAAUUUAUAUUUGUUUGUGCAUGAAUUAGACUUUUGUUGCAAAACUAAAUAAAAAAGACACUUGAAUAGACUCUUCAGUUGAUGGUCUUUUAAUUAGGGAUAAUAGACGGGAGCUAGACGUAGUUGAACAAUAAAGUAAGACCGGAUUACAAAAGAGAACUUUAAACUAAGCUGAACA